AUGAGUCAUCUGGAUAAUAAUGCAAGUGCUAAUGUUAAUCCUACUGAGAAUAAUGAAAUCGAGGUAGAUGAUCAUGCUCCAUUGUGGAAGUAUGUUAAAAGGCUUGACAAGUUAGGAAAAGGAGAAGGAAAUACUAUGUUUGAAUGCAAUUAUUGUCAUAAAUCUUACAAAGGCUCCUACUCCAAAGUCAAAUUUCAUUUGUUGAAAAUGUCGGGAAACGGGAUUGCACCUUGCAAAAAGGCUAGAGAACAAUGUGAUGCUGAAGUUGCAAGGAUGUUUUAUACUGAUGGAUUAUCCUUCCACCAUGUAAGGAAUCCACAUUAUCGGAACUCUUAUGUUCUUGCUUCUACACUUCUAGGAUAUGUUCCACUAGGUUAUAAUGCACUAAGAACUACUCUUUUGCAACAAGAGAAGAGUCACAUUGAGCGGUGUUUACAACCAAUCAAGGGUACAUGGAGCAAUAAAGGUGUAAGUAUGUGUAGUGAUGAGUGGACAGAUUCGCAAAGAAGACCACUUAUUAACAUUAUGGCAACUUGUGAGAGCGGGCCUAUGUUCUUGAAGGGAAUUAAUUGUGAAGUAGAGUACAAGGACAAAAAUCGUAUUGCCAACUUUCUUAUCGACUUCAUUAAGGAAAUUGGUUAUCAAAAUAUGGUUUAA